UGCCCGGACCUGCAGAGAUGGCGACUACGGGCUGGCUUCUGGGCAGACGCGUGGCGAGUUGGAGGCUGCGUCCUCCGCUGCGGCUGCUCGCAGGCCUCGUUUCCCAACGGGCCCACUCGCUGUUGCCCGUGGACGAUGCUAUCAAUGGACUAACAGAGGAGCAGAAGCAGCUUCGACAGACCAUGGCUAAGUUCCUUCAGGAGAACCUCGCCCCCCAGGCACAAGAGAUUGAUCAGAGCAAUGAGUUCAAGAAUCUGCGAGAGUUUUGGAAGCAGCUGGGGAACUUGGGAGUCUUGGGCAUCACAGCCCCUGUUCAGUACGGUGGCUCCGGCCUGGGCUACCUGGAGCACGUGCUGGUGAUGGAGGAGAUAUCGCGAGCAUCUGCAUCUGUCGGCCUCAGCUACGGUGCCCACUCCAACCUCUGCAUCAAUCAAAUCGUGCGCAAUGGAAAUGAGGCCCAGAAGGAGAAAUACCUCCCAAAGCUGAUCAGCGGUGAAUAUAUCGGUGCUUUGGCCAUGAGCGAGCCCAAUGCUGGCUCUGAUGUUGUCUCCAUGAAGCUCAAAGCAGAGAAGAAAGGCGAUCAUUACGUCCUGAACGGCAAUAAAUUCUGGAUCACCAAUGGCCCCGAUGCCGAUGUCCUUAUUGUCUAUGCCAAGACAGACACCACCGCUGUGCCAGCUUCUCGGGGUAUAACCGCCUUCAUCGUGGAGAAGGGGAUGCCUGGCUUCAGCACCGCCAAGAAGCUGGACAAGCUGGGCAUGCGCGGCUCCAACACCUGUGAGCUGGUCUUUGAAGACUGCAAGGUGCCUGCUGCCAACAUCCUGGGUCAUUUGAGUAAAGGUGUCUAUGUGCUGAUGAGCGGGCUGGACCUCGAGCGCCUGGUGCUGGCUGGCGGACCCCUUGGCAUCAUGCAGGCCGUGCUCGACCACACGAUCCCCUACCUGCACGUGAGGGAAGCCUUUGGCCAGAAGAUCGGCCACUUCCAGCUGAUGCAAGGGAAGAUGGCUGACAUGUACACCCGCCUCAUGGCCAGUCGGCAGUAUGUCUACAACGUGGCCAAGGCCUGCGAUGAGGGCCACUGCACCCCCAAGGACUGCGCCGGUGUGAUCCUGUACGCAGCUGAGUGUGCCACCCAGGUAGCCCUGGAUGGCAUCCAGUGUUUCGGUGGCAAUGGCUACAUCAAUGACUUUCCCAUGGGCCGCUUCCUGCGAGAUGCCAAACUCUAUGAGAUCGGGGCUGGCACGAGCGAGGUGAGGCGGCUGGUCAUCGGCAGAUCCUUCAACUCGGACUUCCACUAACCUGGAGACAAGCCGGCCACCCCCUUUCCCACCACCUAGAUGCCUUUUCUGGGCAGGACAAGUGGCAGCAGUCCUUCUCUGCCGGAGGCAAGCUCACAGCUCAGAUGUCCUGCUUCAUCAGCCCUCUGGCCUCUGCAGGAGGACUCUAGCUCCCCGCCCCCCCACCCCCCAACCUGGCACCAUGGGCCUCUGAGCCACGCCAGCCAGCCUGCGAACAGCGUCUGGGCAUACUGAGAGGGCUUCGCCAACAGUCCUUGCCCUCCAACUCCCAGUCCUGUCGCACCCCCAUCUCCAGAAAAGGUACCUGGGGCUGGAGUGAUAGAUAACACAGCUGGUAGGGCAUUUUGCCUGCACACAGCCAACCCAGGUUCAAUCCCCAGCAUCCUAUCUGGUCCCCCAAGCACCACCAGGAGUAAUUCCUGAGCACAGAGCCAGGAGUAAUCCUUUAGCUUUAUUAGCUGUGGUCCAAAAAAAAAAAAAUCCUGGAUAAGUAUUGGGGUUGCCCCUUUUUCUUGAUGACCCUUUGGCAGGGCUAUCUCUGCCCAAGUGAACUAGAAGUAUUACCCUCUUCCCUUUAAACAAACUUAAUUAUUUCUUUUCUUCCUGGAGAACUCCCUCCACCCCCAAAUCUAGCCUUUCUUUCUGCCCAUCUUGUGGGCAGGCUUGUGAGCAAGCCCCUGUUCUGUGGCAACCCCCCUUCUCCCCCCACCCGGGAUUCCCCGCUUGGAAUGGACCUCUGGGAUAAGGCCUCUCUGAAACCUGAUGUGCCCUGAUUCCACAGUGGGGCCAAGGCACCCCCAUACUUGUGUGGGACCAGCCUGCACUGGGGCCGCAGCACCUCUGAGUACUACACUCCAGCCAAACACGUGACACCCACAGCUGCAGGGCGGGUUGGGGGGGGGGGCAGGCCUGGGUGGGCUGGCCGGAUUCCAGCAGCUUCUGCCGGAGUACAUUUCUCCGGACACCCUGUGGCUCCUUUUGUUACAACAGCACAGCGGCUUCUGCCAUUUUGUAUUAAAGGAUUUUGAAGCAAAACUUA